UCAACCCUCCUGCCUUGGGACCAGACUGCAGCACUAUCAAAUCUAACAUGCGUUGAGUUGAGUUGAGCACCACUGUGCUACAAGGAAGCUUGUUUCACUUCACCUCCCUUUGGAUUUUUUGUCACUUUAUUUAUUCUCUGCUGGAUACAGAGAACCUGGAUUUUUAUGUACCAGUGUCAACAAGUCCAAACUUGGAGAAAAGUUGACAAAGCUGAGACAGUCCCCCUGGCAUGCUGGAAGGUUUUCUGUAAGGAGCGAAUCUUUAGGAGUUCCUUCUGUCUUUGUAUUGCUGCUUGACUUUUUCCUUGGAGCCUGUGCCCUCUCCACCAGGCUUCCGUCCCAGGAUUGGUCAGAGGGCAGCCCAUCAGCAGCAGUGACAGUGGGGUUGUCCAGGGUCAUCUGAGGUCAGAGGUCCGGGGUCAGAGGCUGGAUGUAUAAGACGGCUUCAUGGGCCUGAAGGACCAUCUGGAGGAUGGAACAGGCCACAACCUCAAUCUGGGGCUGGAUUUGGACUACCUCCAUGUGGAAGGCACCGACCGCCAGGCCAGCUUGAGUGCCACAGCCGGCACUCACUCAGGAGUUUUGGGGGAAGAGGCACCGGUGGGAGGCACCCAUAGCAGUGUCAGUAGUAGCAGCAUCAGCAGUAGUAGUAGUAACUCCUCUGAAGAAAGUGCUGCGUCGGACAGCGAAGAUGAGCGGGGGAUCCACCAUGGCACUGGUUCUGGCACUGAGACCCCCCAUCCGCACCCCUGUCACCCUGCUGGACUGGGCCUGCCAAAAAGCCCCCCCCCUAGGGACCCCAAGCUCCCCACCGACCCCCUCACAGAGUAUCGCUCCAAGAUGGAAUUUGCCCUGAAGCUGGGCUACUCUGAGGAGCUGGUUUUGCUGGUCCUGAGGAAGCUAGGGCCUGACGCCCUCAUCAACGACAUACUGGGAGAACUGGUCAAACUAGGCACCAGGACAGAGACGGAGGAGGAAGGGGAGUCUGCCGCCUCCCAGUCGUCCUCCUCCUCCUUAUCCUCCCCCUCUCUGGACUCCUCCAGACUGGACUGCUCCUCCCAGCUUCUGUUGGAUGACAAGGAGAACAUCAGGCCUGUGGUGGUGGAUGGGAGUAACGUAGCCAUGAGUCAUGGGAAUAAGGAAGUGUUCUCCUGUCACGGCAUCCAGCUGGCUGUUGAUUGGUUCUUGGAGCGUGGUCACCGUGACAUCACUGUGUUUGUGCCCGCCUGGAGAAAGGAACAGUCCAGACCGGAUGCCCUCAUCACAGACCAGGAGAUAUUGCGUCGUCUGGAGAAAGACAAGAUCCUGGUGUUCACUCCGUCUCGUCGGGUCCAGGGCCGCCGAGUGGUCUGCUACGACGACCGCUUCAUCGUCAAGCUGGCCUACGAGUCCGACGGCAUCAUCGUCUCUAACGACAACUACCGGGACCUGGCCAAUGAGAAGACAGAGUGGAAGAAGUUCAUUGACGAGCGGCUGCUCAUGUACUCAUUUGUCAAUGACAAGUUCAUGCCUCCUGAUGAUCCUCUGGGUCGCCAUGGUCCCAGUCUGGAGAACUUCCUGAGGAAGAGACCAGUGAUCCCAGAACACAGGAAGCAGCCCUGCCCCUAUGGGAAGAAGUGCACUUACGGCCACAAGUGUAAAUUCUACCACCCGAGAGGCAGUCAACCCCAGCGCUCUGUGGCCGACGAGCUGCGUGCCAGUGCCAAGAACUCCUCUUCCUCCUCCACCUCUUCCUCCAAGAGCCUGGGCUCUGCUCCGCUGGUGAAGAGCCACGGCAUGUCCAGCAGCUCCAGUGCAGGCGGGCUCCCAGAACCCCACCGAGCCGCCCCAAAGAGGCGGUCGGACCCCGGCCUGUGCACCCCCCCCUACAACGACCUCCUGGAGGAGCGGCUGGGCGGGAGGACCAAAUCAGAGGCCCGCAGAGGUAGUAGCAGCAGCAGUAGCAGCAGCUGUAGCAACAGCCUCCUGGUUCCUGCCUCUGGGGGUCCUCCUUCCAGCCAAGGCUUCUCUCUGCAGGAUUGGAGGGACCACAACGCAGGGAGGAACGGCUCCUGCAGAGCUCCAGGGCUGUUGGAGCUUGGUCACUCUGAGUCAUAUCCCACCUGUGAGUCCCCAAAGCCGGGCUACAACUCCCUAAUGAGGGCGUACUCCAGCCUAAACCUGGUGGUGCCACUGAUACCCGAGCGGCUGUUCCCAACUGACCUACGGACAGGCUUGCUGGCAUCUGACUGCAGCAGCGAGGGCAGCAUGAGCUCUGACUCCUUCUCCCCUGACCUAUUGGAGGAUGGCCUCAAAUGCCACCACCCCCAUCACCACCACUGCUCCAGCCGCUACCCACACCACACCAACCACCCGCCCCCUGGUCUGACACUGCACCCACAUGGAGGCUCCCACCAUAGCUACCCCCUAUCUCAGAGCAUGGGGAGGCCACAGGUUUUCAGCUUGGAGGAUCAUCCCUCCUCCCUUCACCACUUCAAGGCCCAUCUCACCUACCUUCCUCCCCAUCUUCAGCACCCAUCUGUGGGGAGCAGCUCUGGCUGUUCGGAGGACUACCCACCCCAACCUCCACCCCAGACCUCCGGCCCCCACUGCCACUCUCACAGCUCAACUCUGGGGCAUAACCUGGGGGGCUCCACCUGGCAGGACAACAACAGCCUCCAGAACUCCUGGCUUUACGAGCACUCCCCUGUCCGCCCACGGAGGACCUACCCUGGGAUGGGACAGGAGCAGCGGCUGGCCAGCUGGGACUCCCACUACCAGCAGCUCCUCCAGCCCUGCUACGAGGCCUUCAACUUCCAGUCCCAGCCUGAGGGCCACGAACAACCCUGGCACUCUUCCUGGCCCAGGGGGACACACUCGCCCCAUCCUCAACCCCCUUCCUCCUCCCAUCCUCCACCCCACCCCUCCAUGGACCCCCAGCACCAGGGGGGAAGAUGCCAGGAUGUGAGGGAUAAAGUGUUUGUCAAUCUAUGUAACAUCUUUCCUCCAGAGCUGGUGAAGGUGGUGAUGGAGAGGAACCCCCACGUGAUGGACGCCCAGCAGCUGGCUGCAGCCAUCCUGGCUGAGAAGUCCCAGGCUCGCUACUGAGUACUAACACUACUGUAGUAGAGGAAAGAGGUGACGUGCCCAACUCUAUAGUCCUCCCAAAACAUCUAUGAUACAGGGGGAGAUGUUUUUUAAUUAUAUUUUUUAAGGAGAAUCCGAGCUACCUUAUUGUUGUCCGUUACUGUUGUGCGGUAUGAGACCACCUCAAGCACUUAAGGUCAGGAUUGUUUAUGGUGUGUGGGUAGGAGUGAACAUGUGUGUCAGCAUUAUUUCAGGAGACUCUUUGAAUGGGAUGUGUUGCUUAAAUGUAUUUAUUUUGUAUGUUUUAAAUUAUUUUUAUUGUCUUUAUAUUUUGUUAAGGCACUUUUCGUUGCUUUUUUAAUCAACAUUUUGCCAAUCAUAUCAUAUCCUGAGGUGUUAACACGGGGUGAAUUCUGGGAUUCCAAAUCGAAGGUAUUGUUUGUUGUCAUAAACAUGUUACUUCCAAACAUUUCAAACUAAAAGACAAAGCAAAUUCAUAAAUCUAAGCUACACUGAUUUAGUUGCAUCCCUGUCAUUUGUUCAUUAACGAUUCAUAAAAGCAGGUGGUGAAUUGAAUAACGUCAUUGAAAUAAUUUGAUGAACUUCCCCUUUAGAGAAGUGAAGAACUCCAGCUGUUAAAGGCCUGGUAAAGUCCAUGUGAAAACCCCAGAGCAUUGUUUACUCUCACAGACAGCAGCUAGUUCCUCUCUGGGGAAAGCUCUGAAGCUUACUUCACAGCUUGAGAGAUUGCGAUAUUGAUUUUCGCUUUCUUUUUUAACCACUUUUUUGUCCUCCAACAACCAUUCUGGACAUUGAAAUCAGAUGGUUCUUAAGGAUAUGCAAACUAGUGCAGGUGCAGGUGUUUAUCUUAACGUUUUUAUUUAAAUGUAUGAAUGUGUUAAUUUAUUAUUGUCCCUUUGUCCUUUUUGUUGUGUGAGAUUAUUUUAGUUGAAGGGGGUUUCUGUUGCUAGGGUUUCAUUACAAGAGAAGACAUCAGGUGUAACCAUCCAGACAGACAGACAGAUGGUGCUGUACUGUAACUGUCUAUGUACUUAACUCUGUGGACAAGGUAAUUCUCUACCUCCUGCCUUAGAAUCCAUUGUAAGUUGCCACAAUCGCUCAGUGAAUAGGAAUAGUUAGGCAAUGACACCGUGUUGGGAAAUGCCUUGCUCACACACAGCAGGGACUACAUUUACCCGUUUACAGUCCAAAACACUGGACUUGUGUUGCCAAGGUAACCUGACCACAACAAACUUUAGUGGCCAAGAGAAUCCCUCUCCUCGUUGAUACAAAUUGUAUCCUAUUAACUUAAACCAGAUCAUUGUUUUAUAUGAGAAUAUGUAUACAAAAAGUAUUUUGAGAUUCAUGUGCCGUAAUUGGUCACAUUUGUUAAUGUUCUAAAAUAUAUUUUGGGAAAUGUUGUAUUGUGUUUUUAAGAAUUAUUUGGGAAAGAAAAGGCAUCAAAUGCAAUUUCUUCCAACUACUGUACUGUGAUUGGUGAUCAACAGACACAUAGGACAGAAAAUAUUGGUUGUUUUAUUAUCAUUCGUCUGAAAGUGUGUUUUCUCGUUGGCUGGUCACAAUCUAACUCAGGUCACAGUCAUGUGAGUGUGACUGUGGGGGUCAGCUUUAUGGGGAAGCAGAGAAUUUUCUCUUCCCCAUCAGCCCCUAUUGAUGGUCAUGAUCUUUCACUUAACAUGUUUUUGUACCGUGGUUCUCAGCUCUCUCAUUAAACUAAGCCUAUCCCUUCAGAGGAUCAGUGGAACACUGCUGACUUGACAAAGACAAUACUUCCUCUCUGGAACCAGUUUCUUAACAUGACAACAGCCAAAAGGUUCAAAUGUUGUUGUUGUUUUUUUACAUAUAAGAAACCAUGUCCAUUCACACAGUAGUAUUACAUGGCAAGUCACUGAAUAGCAGUGUUCUGUUCUGGUCCCCUGAGUUGGUUGGCAUAUUAGCUUUGAGCUGAGCGAGCAUGUGACAUUGUGGCCGAAUAAAACCGCCACCCAAGACUUGACGUCUAGCACCUUUCUAAAAAAAGAGCCUUCUCGGUAGCUGCAGGGCACUGUGUGCCAGUGUGUGCCAGUGUGUGUGCCAGUGUGUGUGCCAGUGUGUGCCAGUGUGUGUGCCAGUGUGUGUGCCAGUGUGUGCGCCAGUGUGUGUGCCAGUGUGUGCGCCAGUGUGUGUGCCAGUGUGUGUGCCAGUGUGUGCCGGUGUGUGUGCCAGUGUGUGUGCCGGUGUGUGCCAGUGUGUGUGCCGGUGUGUGCCAGUGUGUGUGCCAGUGUGUGCCAGUAUGUGCCGGGGUGUGCCAGUGUGUGCCAGUGUAUGCCAGUGUGUGCCGGUGUGUGUGCCAGUGUGUGUGCCAGUGUGUGUGCCGGUGUGUGCCAGUGUGUGUGCCAGUGUGUGUGCCGGUGUGUGCCAGUGUGUGCCGGGGUGUGCCAGUGUAUGCCAGUGUGUGCCGGUGUAUGCCCGUGUGUGCUGGUGUAUGCCAGUGUGUGCCGGUGUAUGCCAGUGUGUGCCGGUGUAUGCCAGUGUGUGCCGGUGUAUGCCCGUGUGUGCCAGUGUGUGCCGGUGUAUGCCAGUGUGUGCCGGUGUAUGCCAGUGUGUGCCAGUGUGUGCCAGUGUAUGCCAGUGUGUGCCGGGGUGUGCCAGUGUGUGCCAGUGUAUGCCAGUGUGUGCCGGGGUGUGCCAGUGUGUGCCAGUGUAUGCCAGUGUGUGCCGGUGUGUGUGCCAGUGUGUGUGCCAGUGUGUGUGCCGGUGUGUGCCAGUGUGUGUGCCAGUGUGUGUGCCGGUGUGUGCCAGUGUGUGCCAGUGUGUGCCGGGGUGUGCCAGUGUGUGCCAGUGUGUGCCGGUGUAUGCCCGUGUGUGCCGGUGUAUGCCAGUGUGUGCCAGUGUGUGCCGGUGUAUGCCCGUGUGUGCCGGUGUAUGCCAGUGUGUGCCGGUGUAUGCCAGUGUGUGCCGGUGUAUGCCAGUGUGUGCCAGUGUGUGCCAGUGUGUGCCGGGGUGUGCCAGUGUGUGCCAGUGUAUGCCAGUGUGUGCCGGGGUGUGCCAGUGUGUGCCAGUGUAUGCCAGUGUGUGCCGGGGUGUGCCAGUGUGUGCCAGUGUAUGCCAGUGUGUGCCGGGGUGUGCCAGUGUGUGCCAGUGUAUGCCAGUGUGUGCCGGGGUGUGCCAGUGUGUGCCAGUGUAUGCCAGUGUGUGCCGGGGUGUGCCAGUGUGUGCCAGUGUAUGCCAGUGUGUGCCGGGGUGUGGGCAGAGUAGUAAAUGCCUCUACUUUUUUAAACACAUCCGAUGAUAGUCUGAACCAUGUUCAGUUAAACAUUUAUUUUUCCAUGUCCUGAUUUUUUAAAGAGGUGAUAUUGGAAUUAUAUGCGAUGUAUUUUUUAAAUCAGCAUUAAGACAUUUUAGGGAAAUUGUUUGGGUGGUUUUCCUCACCGUCUCUGGAUAUAUGCUGUACGGGACCGUUCACCUUUUGUAUAAUGAAUCACCGUUUGAUGACGUGAGGUUCAGUUUGAAGACAGUGUAUGUACAUGUGCUGGGUUUUGGAUACAGUACUGGGUUGAAUCUCUUCCACCAUGGCCAUUUUUUGGUCAUUUUGGAAUCUGGAUAGUAAUUGGUUUUAUGUCAUUGGUCUGACUGGUUGACUUCUAAUUCUAUUUGACUGCUAACUGUUUGUUUAAUUUCGCCAGUCUGCAUCCAGGGCCUAAAAUUCAAGCAAAACAAAUAGAUUUUAAUGUGUCAAACUUUCCAACGUCAAGUAUAAUUAUUUUCAUAUUCAUCACUGCUGUGCUUUAAAUCCAACCAUUUGUGCUACAAUAAAACUGUUAAAUAUAAUAAAUGUCUUAAAAAUGAUUGUUUAAGAAAAAAUUAUCCACAAAAAUAAGGUUGGGAUUCGGGUAUUCUGUCAGGGACCAAAGCAAUUGGCAAAAUAAUUAAGAGUUAACUUAUGUUUCUGAAUUAUGAUGCUGCUUUCUUCACAGGUCAACAUGGGUCAUUUCAAGCCAAAAUAGAAUCUGGGGAAAGGAGAACAAGAACUGUGGCCUGAUGUGAUGUUGAUGUUUUGCCUUGGUGACUGUACUGUAUGUGAAUGGGAGAACACAUGUUGCAACAAUAAGCUUUAGGUACUGGAACCCCAGAGCAUGUGACUCUCUAUGACACUCUGGCCUGUAGCAGACUUACAUGCCAAUUCAGGGAACUGUGGCCAAGUGGUACAUGUUGACUCCUUCAUGUUAAGAUGAAUAAUAAGAGCAAUAAAGACCUAUUCAAGCUUUCA